ACAACCAACGAAAUAGAGAAGGUUAAAUGCGCUAGCGGGUCUAGCCUUUAGGGUUUGUGAAGUUCGUUGGCGAGAAAACAAAAGCAAAUAUGGCCAAAUUCAAUGUUGUGCAGAAGAAAAGGAGAGCCCUACUAUCAGAGAAGAAGAGACAGCUUCAUGGCGACCCUAUCACCGGCAAGCUUAAGACCAAGUACCAACCUCUUUCCAUCUCCGGCAAACGAAAGCGGAAGCUCUUCAAAAAGUGGCGCCGAGAGCAAAAGGAAGCUCUGGAGAAAGGCCUGGUAACCAUGGAAGAUGUAGAGAUGGCAGUAGCUGAAGCUGAAGGGGGUUCCCAAUCACAAGAUAGUAGCAAACCAUCCAGAAAGAUUCACUUGAAGAAGAGCGUAAAACUUAAACAGGUGAAGCAUAAAGGUAAGAAUAAAAGAAAACCUUCGGUGCCAGCCGCUGAUGUUUCAGGUGACGCCAUGGUGGAAUAGAUCUGCAAUGUUUGGUAUGAUACUUGGAAAUUUUGUCAGAAUUUUUUCUUUUUAGUUUUCCCUUGAUGGGAAGCUACGUUAAAGUUGGGGUGUGACUGAAACUAACCAGGGUUAAAAUAUUGUGAUGUUGCAUCCAAGUAACUAGAUUGACAGUCCCUCAGAAAGGGGAAAUGAAAAUUAUGGCUCUCAAUAUUUUAGGCUAAUCUAUGCCAUAUAUUUUGAUACAGCACAAUGGCGUCUUGCAAUCCAUGUAGCCGACCUUACUUAGUGGGAUAAAGGCUUGUUGUUGUUGUUGUUGUUGUAUGCCAUAUAUUUCCGGUCA